UGUCCGGUUGAUUUGUUUGGGGUAGCGUUUGACCGCGCCGGAUCGCCAUGCCGCUGCCACUGAGCCUGUCCACUGGAUCUCUGAGCCCGUCCAAUUCGAGGAUGAGCUUCUUCGACGUGAUGAAGUCCACAAAGCAGAAGUUCCCCUGGGAGAAGGAGGACAUGUGGGUCAUGGGCCCCAUUGGCGACUCGCUGCUCAAGAAGCUCCGUGCCAAAGGUCCCGAGGACUUCACCCUCCCGGCCGUUCCAGCGCCGCCCAUGUCGCCAUCCUCACCCUCGUCCCCAGCAGCAGCCGCUUCCCGGAGGGGCAAGUGCAAGGUCGUGGGCACCAGGUGCCGUCAGUACGAUCCCAUCAUCUUCAUCCCCCAGUCCCUUAUGGACGGCUUGGAGAUUGCCAAUGAGCUGCGGCAGGUCACGAAGCGUCUGCUGGAGGAGUGCGCGUCUGACAAAGGCAACGGGCGCCCGGAGAUCAUUCACGGCAUUGCUCCCUUCGACCUGGUCUUUGAGUUGGAGGAGCCUGUGCCCAACGGCAGUCCGGUCUUCUCCCAGCCUGCGAAGGGAGGUUUGGUCGGCAAGUUCAAGAUCCGCGAGGAGCGGUGGCACCAAGAGAUGCAGAAGGCGGCAUCCAUCAAGCCGGUGCUGAAGCGCCUCGGGAGCCUCCAGUUCCUCUGCAACGAGCUGCUUUUGCCGGAGCUUUUGGCCUGGUGUGACCAAUUCCGAGCCGUGAAGCUGCGGCGCUGCCAGGAGCUGGCCUUCGAAAAGGCGGAGGCGCGGGAGCUCUUGGGCCAGCGCCGGCGCAACGGCCAGAAGCGCAACACCGCCCAGCAGGACCAGCAGCUGAUGGAGAAGGCGGCCUUGAGGGCCAAGAAGCUCGGCGCCCUGGCCGCCAAGGCCGUAGACGAAACCAUCGAUGUGGCCAAGGAGGUGUGCAAGUGCGGGUACCAGGAGGUGUGGCACGAAAGCGCGGAUGCCCUGCUGUCUGUGGGCGAGUUCCCGGUGUUCGAGCCGCCAAAAGUCAUGGCCGCCAAAGUGACCUGCAAAGAGCAGGUGCCGAUGCCACAGACAUCCUUCAGCUUCACUGCCACAGAGUGCCCAGCGCUGAUUUCUUUGGCGCGCAGACAGGAGAAAGGAGCAGUUCUCUCGGCAGGUCGCUUGACCGUAGCUUCCUGAGGCCUCGAGAUGUCGCGCUCAAAUCAGGGCUCCAUGGUUUCCCGGGUGGUUUUCA